AACCCUAAAAAUCAAAAAAUGCCAAAUAACGAAUUACCUUCAAGUGGAAAAAGAGAACAAUUAUCAAUGAGUGCCAAAAAAGCAAAGGAAAUAUAUUUAAGUAAAUCGAGAUAUAUACCUGGUAUAAAAUCUGAUAUAAUAAGUGGAAACAACAAAACAACGACAACACAAUUACCUCCUGCUUUGGGGCCUAAACAAGGAAAUGAUAACAAUAAUAGUGUAAUACAACAAGCACGUACUGGAGUACAAGCACGUUUUGAAUAUGCCUAUGGAUAUGUCCCAUCAUUUGGGGGAAAUGCUAAUAAUAAUCGUCAACAACAACAAACAACGGCACCACAAAUCUCAACAAAUGUAGGCCGCGUAAACUGGGCAGCUAAAUAUCAACGAAAUUGA